ACUUGUUAUUUUGAGUUCAAUUUCAGAUACUAUGAAGGCCUUCACAAGUGUGUUGGGCUCUAUUAUGAAAAUGGUCAGUAUUCACCCGACCAAAUUGAACAGUUGGAUUCGUUGUACAAUUCUCUUAGGCAGCAAUACACUUGGUCUUCUGCUGUCAAGAGAAUACUGCUCGACUUUCUGCAAGGUGUCAGGUUUAGAGAAGCAGCUGAAAAUUAUAUUAGGCCCCUCCUUACUAAGGGAGUUCCAUCAUUGUUCACUGAUCUUUCUCCAUUGUAUGAUCAUCCUGGAAAGGUCAGAGAAAAAACCUCCUUCAACUCUUAUGUGGACCUUAUUCCAAUUAGCACAGCAUUACGACCGAAGGGGACAAUAUGAAAUCGCUCUUUCUAAAAUUGAUGAGGCCAUUGAGCACACCCCAACCGCGAUUGAUUUAUACUCGGGCAAGGAUAACUUCCCUGAACGUGUGGGAUAG